AAUUCCUUCGCUCUUGCCCUAUAUAGUAGGAACUAAUUAAUUAGGUUACUUGUGAAGUAGUUGAAUCUCUUUAUGUGUUGAAAGGCUGCAGAAAUGCUCUGUUCCCUAUGAAAUUCGAGGGCUGUAACAAAAUUAUAAAAGAGUGAUGUAUGAUUUUGGGUAGUGUGAGCUGUAAUGGCGGUAAUUUGAUUUGCUGGAUUCAGGUUGAAGAAAAUCAGUAAUUUCUUAAGUUUGAAGAUCUGAUGGUAGGUGGUGGACUUUCUGUAUAAAAAUUCUAAGUUGUAAAAUACUAACAGGGGGGGAUUGAUUGUGGUAAGAUUGAAAGGUCGUUGAUUGAAAGCUAGAAUUGUGAUAAUUUGAUGGCUUUAGGUUGAUGAUUUGGUUGGACUUCGAACUUUGGUUGUAGAAUUUAGUACUCUGUCUGCUAAAAACAUGCGUAAUUUUCCAUUUGGGUACGUCCCUUUCUAUUUUUGGACACUACAUUUCUUAAAAACGCGUGCUACCAAAAGGGCCACAUGGUAUUUCUAAUAUGUUUGUCUAAGUUUAUGUGCACUAGUGUACAUUAUAACUUCUUGUUGAGUGGAGAGAUUAGAUAACUGGGAGAAAAAGAUUGACAAUAGGGUUUGUUGGAGGAAUUUGACCUGUUGAGGACCUUUGUUAUUCGAUUCUUCUUGGUACACAAAAGAUUUCCUUGCCCUUAGUAUUGGAAUAUAUUUUCCAGCAAUAUCUCAAGUAUAUGAUCUUAUCCCUAAUCUCUAUAUUGUGUAGUGAUCUACACAUUUCUCUCAAAUUUAGGACUGCUUUAAUGUUAAUGGUGUAGAUUUUAUGAGGUAACAGGUGGUAUUCAGAGUUUGAGAACCCUAUUAUUGCAAUUUGAAGUGUGAAAAGGACUUUUAUUACAACCAAUCUAAGGAUUGUUUUUUAAGUAAAUGCGAUAUGCUUCUCUGAUUACUUAUGCUACAUAUCUUGGUUCUCUCUCUCCAUUACAACUUUGCUACACUAACAUCGAAUUCCAGUGGGCAAUGGUUACAGAAGCUGGUGGAUGAAAAGCUAUGCUUAACGUACAGGGAUGGUCAGUCGACAUAUUCACUGAGGUAUCCUCAUUGCCUCUUUUUUCUCGAGCUUUUGCAGAAUGUAAACUUCAGAAACGCAAUGGCACAUCCUGCAAACAAGGAGUUGGCGCAUAGGCAACAGUUUUACUUCUGGAAGAAUUACAGAAACAACCGGUUGAAGCACAUUCUCCCGAAGCCACUUCCAGAGUCUUCCGUUGGUGCAAACCCAGCUUCUGCAGCCCCUCCGGCACUGCCACCGACUACCAUCCCAGCUGCUGCUUCCGGCAUCCCUCCUGCUCCGCCUCAGGCUCCGUCGCCAAUGCAGUAUGGGAUGUGCGCUGGGUCUACUUUUGUCAAAAACGACCAAAAAAGUAGCGGGGUCGAAAGAAGGAAAAGGAGGUAACCUCUUCUAUUUGGGGCAUAUCAAUAGUUAGGUCAUGAACUUGAAUAUUGUGUAUGUUGAUAUGUCUUUUGACAAGAAUCUUUUAUUGAACUCAAAAGGUGUAUUUAUCAGCAGUGGUUGUAUUAUUAUAUUUUUUUUCAUUGAUCA